UAGUGGUGGUUUGACUGGAAGUUUUCCUUCGGCAUUCUGCAACUUACUUUGGCAAAAUCUAAGUAUCCAGCGACCAAUUGAUCAUUGAUGAUGUUGGGGUUACGCGGUUCAAUCGCAAUCGUUUCUGAUGCGAGUCGUCGACUCCUUCAAUCUGUAUCGUUUCAUGGGGUCCGUGUGCAAUGCCUGAAUAUAAGAGCAGGAAUGGAGAUUCCAGACAAUAAGCCCCUUAAGUAUGCGCUUCAGUACAUACGUGGGAUUGGCAGAGCGAGGGCCGGCUUGAUCAUAUCUGAGCUAAACAUGACCAACAAACGUGCCAAGGACCUGACCCGAAGAGAAGUUGUUGCUAUUGGCGAUGAAAUCUCCAAGUACUUAGUUGGAAGGGAAUUGGCAACUAUUGUCGAGAGAGACAUCAAGAGAAUGAAGGACAUUCAGUGCUACAAAGGGAUCAGGCACAUCGAUAAGUUGCCUUGCCGAGGGCAGCGCACCAGCACCAAUGCCAGGACUAGGAAAGCUAAUCCACGGAUUGCGGUUGCAUCAUCAAAUAAGGUGAAGAAUAAGUAGUCAGUAUAAAAGCAGUCAUCGGUUUGGAUGCAAAAGGCAGCUUCUUUUCACAACUUUUGAGUUUUGAAGCCAUGGUUGUUAGGUGUCUUAAUAAUUAUCCACAAAGUUUCACUCCCCCCAUCUCUCUUAACCUUUCCAACUUUUAUGUUAAACCAACUCUUGGAUAUUAUAAUCUCAAGAAUUUUCUGAGAAG